AUGAUUACAAAAAUGCCUUUAAGAAUUGCAAGAACUUUAUUCUCUGUGAACUUUCCUGGAUCUUAAAUAAUUAUUCCAUAAUAGUUAAUUGAAAUAAGUAUAUUGAAUGUUUAUUUAAAGAUCAUCUAUUUUAACUUACAGAAAUUGAAAAAAUGAUUGAAACUAUACCAUUAAACAUAAAUCACUAUAAUAAUGAUCAAAUAAAAUGGAAUGGUUUUAAAUUUAAAGAUUUUGAAGAUCAAUUAAGAAUAGAACUAAGUAAAAAUGUAGAAAAUAUUUAAAUUUUAAUUUGUAUUGAUUUCUAAAACAGAUAAUAAUCAAAAGAGCAAGAAAUAAUUGAUAAUUAAAUAAUCCAAAUUCAAAAUUCUUCAGAAAACUAUUAUAGUUCGUUUUAAAGUAAUUCAUCUCCAUUUAGUAUUUAUUUGACUAAAGGAAAUGGGAUUAUUUCAUGUUAUGAAUGUCUGGCAUACAAUGGGAAAGUAUACAAAUAUAAUUAAUGUAGAUUAUAAUUGAAAUGGUUUCUAUUAUUGAUGACAUUGAAGAACAUAAAUAAAUCCCUAGAUAAAAUAGAGGAUUGAAAGAUUAUAAUGGAAGUAAUCAUCUAAUUGAUGAAUCUGUACAAUAUUUGAUAAUAACAAAAGAUAUAAAUCGAUAUGUUGAAUUAUUUAAAGACUUUUGAAAUAGAUUCAGAACUUGCUUAAUUUGUACAACAUGUUCAAAUUUAAAAAGAUCAAGUUCUAAAUGUGAUUUAUUUGUAAUCCAAAGAAAUACUUCAUGAUUGA